AUGGACGAAAAGGAUCAAGGGGACUCAAAGAAAUAUAGUAAAGAAUUUAGAGCAAAAGGAGGAGGAAGAGGGAUGGCAACGAAUUUUUCGGAAAAAAUGGCUGAUACAGAAGUCAUGCCGCAUGGCAUUUCAAGUUUCAAGAGUAAACGUGAAAAUCAAAAUGACACUGAAUGGAAUUUGAAGGAAAAGUGUUCAGAAUCAGAAGUGCAGAACAACCCGAUGUGUAUGGAAAAGUGUCCUGAUAUUUCUGAGAUAAAAACGACAAUGGAUAAAAACAACAGCAUCGGGGACUUAGAAGAAGAUAGUACAGACUUAACGACAACCUCUCAUUUGUAUCCAGUGGAGUGGCGGCCGCUUCCCGCAUCUUCCUCCAUGGAAAAUUAUCAAAUUGGAAACAAUGAAAAUGCUGUCGAUUGUGUAAAUGACAUCGAAAAAGGUUGGAAAAAGUUGGAGGAAAUAAAAAAAGAAGAAGCAGAGGGAGUAUCAGAAAUUAAUGACUAUCGUAAUUUGUUGAAAAACGCAAAAGAAGCAUCAGACAACUUCGAAAUUGUCGAAUUUUCUAAAUGUUUCUGGAAAACAGUUUCGAGCUUCACCAACGCUUUCUACCAAGAAAACUUCAAAUAUAGUGUCAACGAUAAUAAUUUGAAGCAGAUGUAUGAAAAACUAUGUGUUGGUCUCGAUGGAUCGGAAGCCGCUUUUAUAAUGCGAUCGUGGGAUUGAUGCGUACUGGAAUUAUUCGAUAUGUGAUCAAGAUGGUUUCUUUAUUUCCCAGACGGAUAUGAAGGACAUUAUUGAACGCUUUGAAAAAUCUGUCGUCCUAAUUAAAAAAGCAAACGUCCGAAUGAUUCGAGAAGCUGUGAAAAGAAUGGACUUUUAUGCUCAUAAAAGGCAUUCACGCAAAAAACGUCAAAAAGAAAGCAAACUGGACGUUGCAGCUACUUUUGCGAGCAACAUUACGACACUCGGAAAAUUGGAGAAACCAUGACU